AAGCUGCCUCCCCACGAAACAACAAGCCACGCGUCAGUUUCCUAUACGGGCCCACCAACCUGGCGCGCGUUAGUCGUAACCAACGCCCAGCUCUGAUUAUCUGGCGCGCAUCCCACUUGAUGCGCACAACGCCCCCUUUGCGCCUCUACGGCCGCCACUGACGACUCAUUUUAGACUUCCAUUUAAUCUCAAAUUCUACCGGAAAAUUUAGCCUCCACAUCACCGGAAUUCUGAAUAGUUUCAUUGAAUUUUCUUGAAUUCUGAUAUGUGGAGCUGCUGAAGUUUUUGCUGAAAUUGUGCAGUGUUUCAGAAGAGAUCUCAUUCUAUUUUAAUACCAAAUCAGGCAGAUUUGAUUCGGAGAAUUAGGUUCUGUUUGUAUAUCUAGGGUUUCAGUGUAAUCAGUUGUGAUUCGGCGAAGUUUCGCUUUAAACUGAAUCGUUUGAGCUGCGUGGAAAUUGCGUAUCAGUUGAUGUAAUUGGGCAGUUUGCUUAAUCGAUGGCGUCGAUCCGGAGAACUUUAUCACCGAGUAACGAACGGCAUUAUCAGAAUGGAAACCAAUAUUCAGUUCAAUCGCCAUCUCAUAAGCUCGUUCUCAAUGGCAAAAGCUCCUCGCUACUGUAUUCUCGAAAAAAUUACAUAUCCAGGAAGAAGUUGUUCUAUAGGUGUUUGGUAUUUUUCGUGCUAGGGUUUGUAUUAGGUAUGGCACCAUUUGGUGGUUUUGAUGAUGCGAGGAGCAGUGAUUUUUCGUUUGAGAUCAAACCACCGGUGGUGAAUGUUAAGGAGGAGAUGAAAGAUGUGGUAAUUCCCAGACCUGACAAUGUUGUGGUAAACUCAGUUAAAUUACCAGGUUCGGGGGAGGAAGUGCAGGGGAAGUUUGAUUAUGUAUCCAGGAAACUGUUGAUUGUGGUAACUCCGACUUAUAAUAGGGCACUUCAAGCUUACUAUCUUCAUAGAUUAAGCGAGGUGUUGAAGCUUGUGAAAUCACCUCUGUUGUGGGUUGUGGUUGAGAUGAAUGCGGCGUCUGCAGAAACUGCAGACAUUUUGAGGAAGACAGGAGUUAUGUAUCGGCAUCUGGUGUGCUCCAAGAACAUGACAGAUAUAAAAGACCGCGGGGUGCACCAGAGAAAUGUUGCAUUGGAGCAUAUUGAACAUCAUAGGCUCAAUGGAAUUGUUUACUUUGCAGAUGAUGAUAAUAUCUACUCACUUGAGUUGUUUGAGAGCAUUAGAUCGAUCAAUCGUUUUGGCACUUGGCCUGUUGCUAUGCUAGCACAAAGCAAAAGCAAAGCAAUACUAGAGGGCCCUGUGUGCAAUGGAAGUCAAGUUAUUGGGUGGCACACCAACGAGAAGAGUAAGCAACUUAGAAGAUUUCAUGUCGAUAUGUCUGGCUUUGCCUUCAAUAGCACUAUAUUAUGGGAUCCAAAGAAAUGGCAUCGACCAACUUCAGAUCCCACACGACAGAUGGACAAUGUGAAGGAGGGUUUCCAAGAGACCACUUUCAUAGAACAAAUUGUUGAAGACGAAAGCCAAAUGGAGGCUGUCCCUCCUGGUUGCUCAAGGGUAUUGAAUUGGCACCUUCAUCUGGAGGCUCGUGGAGUUGUCUAUCCAGGAGGCUGGCUGCUUCAAAAGAACCUUGAUGCCGUUAUCUCUACCACAUGAGAAACACAAGCAAUGUGCAGGAACUCUAAAUGGUGUCCAUGAAGGAGGCCAGUGCUAAUCCCAGUAGGAAGCUAUCAUUUUCAAGCUGAUCAGGGAAUUACUAGAUUGCCAAAGUUGAAGCAGCAAGCAUGCCUUCAAUGACAAGCUAGCUAUAAAGAAAGGAGUGAUUCAUUUUAUUUUUGACUUUCUCGAAAUUAUUCUUUGACAGCAUGAGAACUCGUUUUGUUGUGGAGUUUUGCUGCUUUUCCCAAGGAGAGGGAUGUGGUUUCUUCAGUUUCCAUUGCAAAAUUGAUUGCUACUGCCAUCACAGAAGGCGGAAUGUGUGCAUGCUGUAGAAUGGGAUGGUUGUAAUUAUCAUCCUCAGAAGCAGGAAGCAAGUGAUGCUUAGUUCAAGUUGUAGUCUUUUACUAUAGUGUUACUGAUGGAAUAGUUAUCAUACAAAAUUUGCAAUUUUUUUUACCUUCUUGAUGUGCAAAGGUGGUUGUCGCAGAGGUUUUGCAAAUUAAAUUAAGCUGUUUUGAAUUUU